AUGUCGGGAGGUCUGCCUGUUGUGUGUCUCCUGCUCCUGCACACUGGAGCUCAGGUGUUUCGGUUUAUUGCCAGGAACUUCUCCGAAUCACCUGGAGUUCACAGAGAGAGCGAUUUUCAAUGCCACUGUGCAGGAAAAUGCAGCCAUGGAGGAGCAAUUGAUAGAACAAGUGCCAAUGAGCCUAAAGGUGGGAUCAACAAAGACUCGUUGGAUGCCAGCCAUGGUCAUCUCCACACUAAAGCAGCAAACAUGGCAAUAGCUGCAACCAGUGAGCUGCUUGAGGACAUUCAACAGGCUGCCGGGGACAAAACAUUCCUCCAAGGACCAGAACUCUCCGCCUGGGUGGAUCUGGAGUCCAGGAUGUCCUUCUCAGUCAUGUUAAGCUCUUGGCAUACAGCCAUCCUUCAAGGAUACCAGAAUUGGGUCUUCACCAUGGCCCUCCAGCCACUCUUCAAGCUUCAUGGCAGGGUCAGGCCCUGCUGUGUCUGGGUACAGGUCAUCCUGGAAGAGGUCCAACAGUACAAGAGGUUUGUCAGGGGGAAAAAGAGACCAAUGUACACUGUCGCCUAUAAAACUGAUCUGACGAUGUCGGGAGGUCUGACUGUUUUGUGUCUCCUGCUCCUGCACACUGGAGCUCAGGGGUUUGGUUUAUUGCCAGGAAAGUCUCUGACUCACCAGGACAUCACAGAGAGAGCGAUUUUCAAUGCCACUGUGCAGGCGUGCCGCGCUCUGGCCGAGGCGAAGGGGAGAGACUUCACUCUUCCUGCACAACCUUUCACUGCUGAGGGUGUUGCUGUUGCCUGUGGAGCAAAAAGAUCCACUAAGAGUUUCUGUAAAUCCACGAUAACCAUGGUACUGAGAAACGUACGGGUGGACGUCCGUCACGUCUUUAACGGAGAAUACCACUUUGAUGAAGAAAUGUUUGUUCAAGGACGCAAAAUCAUCACAGAUGGAAUACGGGCUGUCAAGGCAAGCGUCAAGCGGGAAAAUUUUGAAGCUGCGAGGCAGAAACUGGGACAGAUUUUUCAUCCUUUACAGGAUUUCUACAGUCACAGUAACUGGGUGGAAAUGGGGAACAAGCUCCCAAACCCCAAUCUAAUCAGAUCAGACACCAGCAUUGGUAAAAUAGCAGAUAAAAGCAGAGCGACCUGCCGCAACUGUGAUGGAGACGACUGCACAAACAACAUUUUAGAGGAUAUCCUUAAGGAGAGGAUACUGAUCUCUGGGUACACUUCUAUGCUGCCCAUAUUUGCAAGCAAACCAAAAGGAAAAUGCAGCCAUGGAGGAGCAAUUGAUCGAACAAGUUCCAUUGAGCCUAAAGGUGGGAUCAACAAAGACUCGUUGGAUGCCAGCCAUGGUCAUCUCCACACUAAAGCAGCAAACAUGGCAAUAGCUGCAACCAGUGAGCUGCUUGAGGACAUUCGACAGGCUGCCGGGGACAAAACAUUCCUCCAGAUGAUGGGAAUCUCCAAAAGAUCCAGUAGAGGUCUUUCCUUUGUGAUUAACACCAGAAAAAGCAUGAGUGAUGACAUCGAGACAGUGAGGAGCAUCACUCCUUUGAUCAUCAACAGUGAUGUGGGAACAGAGAACGAGCCCUCACUUUUCAUUCUGGUACCUUCCAAUGAUCCAGGAUUCGGGAAAAUGAUAAAGACUACAGACCCCACAGCCUUCAAAAAUGCUAUUAAUUCAUUAUCAGCAACUGGUGGAGAAGAUGUGGACGAACUCAGUCUGUCAGGGCUUCAGCUGGCUUUAACUGCUGCUCCUUCAAGUUCUGAAAUCUUUCUCUUCACGGAUGCACCUGCUAAAGACAAACACCUGAAAAGCACAGUGAUCGCACUCAUAGAGCGGACCCAAACAGUAGUGAACUUCAUGAUUACUGGCUCAACAGCACUCAGUCGUCGCAGGCGGAGGAAUGACAGUAAGAUAACAGCAUCAGAUAUGCAGCUGUACAGAGACCUGGCUCAUGCUUCAGGCGGUCAGGCUAUCGAAGUCACAAAGAGUGAGCUCCCUGUGGCCACCAGCAUCAUAACUGAGUCCUCUAACUCCUCUCUGGUGACUCUUCUGCAGGCAGCCAGGAGCCCAGGAAAGGCAGAUAACUUCACUUUUAUGGUUGAUGAAACAGUAACAAAACUUACAGUUUACAUCACUGGACGAUCUCUCACUUUUACUCUCAUCAGCCCCACAGGUGAGUCUCAGCAAAGCAGCGAUACAGCAGGAUCAUUGAUCACUGCAUCCCAAUCAGUUGGAAACUUUCAGAGUUUGCAGCUAAAAACAGAAGCAGGACUGUGGAAAAUGAAAAUGGUGUCAACCAAUACCUAUACUCUGAAGGUCAUAGGUCAGAGUCCUAUUGACUUCGUGUUUGACUUUGUGGAAGUGUCGCAGGGCCCUUUCGCAGGAUUUGAUGUUCUUGACACUCGUCCCCAAGCUGGUGUUAAUGGUAGUCUGUUGGUGACUUUAACGGGGAGCGACUCCGCCACAGUGACAGAAGUCGCUCUGGUUGAAUCAUCGGGGUCAGGGGAGGUGAAAGGAGUUGUGGAGCCACAAGCGAGCGGGAACUUCUUAGUUCAUGUUGACAGGAUACCAUCAGUAGAAUUCGUGGUGCGGGUAAAGGGACAGGAUGGCGGUGUUACCCCCAAGGCUUCAUCAUUUGUCUUCCAAAGGCAGUCACCCAUCAACUUUAGGGCUUCUAAUCUUAUUAUUUCUGCUGAAUCAAAUGACAUCUUAGAACCAGGGACACCUUUCUCUGUGCCCUUCUCUGUGAUGACCAAUGGAAUUGGGGGAAAUGUCACCAUUCGAGUCACAAAUGACCGACAUUUCGACUCGACUUUUCCAAGCAGUUUAUUCCUGGAAACUGGGAAAAGCGUUAAUGGUACAGUGACCCUCACAGCACCUUUGAACACCCCAUCUGGUACCGACUUCACCUUGACCAUUGAGGCUGAGGCUCCUGGGGGCAAUGACACAAAUUAUGUUGUGCUGCGAUUCUCCGUUGUUAACAUGGUGACUGAUUUCACUCAGCCAGCGUGUCAGCUGCUCAGCCUGCAGUCCAACUGCUCUAACAACUGCAGCUCCUCGAUGUGGGAGAUCUCUGUCCGGGUGACUGAUGGGGCUGAAGGGACGGGUGUCGACCGUGUCAGCCUCAAACAGGGCAGAGGAUCCUUGAACACCAACCUGACGGCUGACAACGGGAACGUAACACUGGUGUCCUACAAGGCAUCUUGCUGCUCACCUGAUGUGGAGCUGCUGGUUGUGGAUCAAGUGGGAAAUGUAGGCUCCUGUUCCUACACUCCACGGGGGGGUUCAAUGGCUGCUAUCUCUGGCUCCACCAAACUCAGUUAUUCUCCCCUUCUUUACCUAAGUAUGGUGCUACUAGGGCUUCAUGUGCUGACUGAACUGGGCAUCUAG